AAUUUCCAUUGACGAUUCUGAUUGGUGAAGUCCACACAAAUCGGACAAACCUUGUCGGUUUUAAUUUCCCUCCAUAUCAAGGUAAAUACAUAUUCUUCUUCUUCGUUACAAAGACUUCCAUCGAUUCUUUAACUUUUUCUCUUUUCAAUUUUUCCUUAUUCCCCAAUGAUUUGAUCCUUACGAUGCCACUCCAUACCUGAAAAUGCCGCCCAUAAGACUCGUUUCCACAUUCAAGCGCUCUUCAAUGCUGCAUACUUCCAGGUGGGGCAGCCCUUGUAAUUAUGGCAUCCGGAUGCAGCUGGUUCAACUGGAGCAAUGCUCAUUACCUUUUGCCCUCAGAUGAGCCCGACCAUUUCUCGUUGCCUUCCCCAACUCCUGAAUGGCCUCAAGGUGGAGGUUUUGCUUCUGGAAUAGCAAGUCUUGGGGAGAUUGAGGUUCUCAAAAUCACCCAAUUUGUUUCAAUAUGGGGCUGCAAUCUAUCACGCAGAGGAAAUAAUGGUUUCACAUUUUACAGACCAUUAAGGAUACCUGAAGGAUUUCACUGCCUUGGUCACUAUUGCCAACCUAAUGACCGGCCCCUUCACGGUUAUCUUCUCGUGGCGAGGGAAGUAGAUGGUUAUUUUCAGGAAAGUGAUCAUAUUAGCAACAUUGUUAAAUUGCCAGCCCUUGUAGAGCCCAUUGAUUUUACAUUGAUAUGGAGUCCAGAUGAUGGGAGUGAGGAGAAGUACGGUGAAUGUGUCUACAUUUGGCUACCUCAACCACCUGAUGGUUAUAAAUCCAUGGGUUAUUUUGUCACUAACAAGCUAGAAAAGCCUGAAGUGGGUGAAGUAAGGUGCGUUCGAGCUGAUUUAACCGAUAGAUGCGAAACUUAUCGCUUAAUGUUUAAUAUCAGUUCUAAAUGUAAAAACUUUCUAGUACAGAUUUGGAGUACAAGAGCAUGUCACCGAGGGAUGCUUGGUAGGGGAGUUCCUGUAGGAACAUUUCACUGUUGUAGUUACAAGGGAACCGAAAAAGAGCUUCCCAUUGCUUGCCUAAAAAACCUGGAUUCUACACUGCCUACAAUGCCUAACAUUAAUCAGAUUCAUUCUCUAAUCAACCACUAUGGACCCACUGUCUUCUUCCAUCCCGAAGAGAUAUACUUGCCAUCUUCUGUUUCAUGGUUUUUCGAAAAUGGGGUGCUAUUACACAGAGAUGGCAUGUCAUCUGGGGAGGCCAUACAUGUCUGUGGUACAAAUUUGCCUGCUGGUGGGAGAAAUGAUACAGUAUGUUGGAUGGAUUUGCCAACUGAUGGCUGUAGAGACAAGAUCAUAUAUGGAAAUCUGGAAAGCGCCAAGCUUUACGUUCAUGUAAAGCCAGCUUUGGGAGGGACAUUCACAGAUAUUGCUAUGUGGGUGUUCUGUCCUUUCAAUGGGCCAUCCACUCUUAAACUUGGAAUUGUGAAUAUUAGUCUAGGGAAAAUUGGACAACAUGUUGGGGAUUGGGAGCAUAUCACUCUCAGGAUCUGCAAUUUUUCAGGAGAACUCUUCAGCAUUUACUUUUCCCAGCACAGUGGUGGUGAAUGGGUGGAUGCUUACAAUUUAGAAUUCAUAGAAGGAAACAAAGCCAUUGUUUACUCCUCAAAGAGUGGACAUGCUAGCUAUCCUCAUCCUGGGCUCUACAUCCAAGGCUCUUCCAAACUCGGGAUUGGAAUAAGGAACGACUGCGCACGUAGUCAUCUUUUUAUUGAUUCAAGCAUACAUUAUGAAAUUGUCGCAGCAGAGCACCUGAGAUGCAAUGAAAUUGUGGAGCCUUGUUGGUUGCAGUUCAUGAGAGAGUGGGGUCCAACUAUUGUCUAUAGCUCGAGAACGAAGCUUGACAACUUCAUCGAUCGCCUUCCGUUGAAAAUUAGGCUUACGGUUGCAAAUAUAUUCAGAAAGUUACCAGCAGAAUUGUUUGGAGAGGUUGGUCCAACUGGGCCAAAGGAGAAAAACAAUUGGGAAGGAGAUGAGAGAGGCUAAUUAUUAUUAUUAUUAUUAUUAUUAUUAUUUGUGCAUUCCAUUUAUUGCUGCUUUUUCUCACUCUGUUGGUUGUUGUAAUGGCAGUUUGAGAUGUUCAAAUGACAAAGAGUUGUGUGCUUUGACCCCAACUCCAUUUUAACACAAUUCAAUUUCUUAUGUAUUGAUUCUUGGUUGGGACAACAGGGGUACAUAGAUGGAAUCUGAGCCUCUUUCUAUUGUAAUUUAGAGUUGGGGUAUAUCAUUAAUACUACUUUUGGACUCAUGUUUGAUUAAUA